AUGGAAAAUCUCAUAGAAGUAGAAGAAGGAUGCCUCAAAGAAGCUUUUACUUUUGAUGUUAAUCUGCAACGAGGGCCAAGAUACAGAGCGUAUUCUGAGAUGAGAGAAAGAAAGAUAAGGAAAAGGAUGAUUGAUCAAACACAAGAUAAUGGUGAUAUUGAAUUUGGAUCUUCGAAGAAGCAGCUAUUGUUAUCUCCACCACCACCACAGCAGCAACAAAGAAGGAUGAUGAUUAAAGAAAUUAAUAACAAUUCAUCACCGGUGGUGAAUCGAAGGUCAUCUUUGGUGGGUCAAUCAGUGCCAAACUUCUCUGCUGUUUUGAGGAAGGAAAAUCGAAAACCAGUAUUUGAGAUGAGAACACCACCGCCGUCAUCAAAAUCAAAAGACUACUCAAAAUUCGGACUUAGUGGAGGAGGGAGUAAAUCAGCGAGUGGUGCAGACAAAAGAGGUGGUGGUGUUAUGAUGGCCAGGAAGAGUUAUGCAAAUAUCGAGGAUUUAAAAACUGUAUCAUCGCCGCCCAUUAAAAGAGGAGGUGGAGGUGGUGGUGCAAAAGUUGUCGCAGGUGGCGGAGUUCAUACCAAUAACAAUAGAACAAUUCUCGGUACUUCCAGACUCUACCUACCCUGA